AUUACAGUUAUCAAACAAUGAAUAUUUUAAAAUCUUUUUUUAACAAUCCUGAAUAUUAAAAUAUUUAGAUAGUUUUGGAAUCUAGAGAUUUAAAGUCAAAUUCUCCAAACGACACCAAAAGUACUCUUGGAAUGGUAAACAUGAGGAGAAGGAAAAAAUUCCUAAAAAAUUUGAAUAAUUUUUUUGGGUUAAUACCUUAUUUUGACCCGAACUAUACCCAAAUAAUUAUCUUUGGCCCGUGGGUUCAGAAAUUGCUAUCCUGGUCUCAACUAUACAUCAUAUAGUCUAGUUUGGUCGGAUGCGUGUUUUGAUCAUCAAUUAAGACGAUCAACGCUCCAGACCCCAAGUGAAUCAUCCUACUUUUCUGACGUGGAUGCCACGUAGAAAACAAAAAUUAAUAAAAAUAUCAAUAACUCAAUGAAUUAAAAAGAUAAUAUUUUUUUCAUUAUUUUUCAAAACACCAAACAAACAAAAACCUUCCUCCUUUGCCAUCCAAAUCCCUAAUCAUCUUCUCUUCUUCAGAUCAGAGAGACAAAAUUUUACUCUCCAUCUUAUUUGAUAGGAAAGAUCAACAACUAGAGCAUCAUUCUUCCUCCUCACUUUGCCCUCUUCCUCUUUCUCUCAAACAAAAUGGCCUGACCAAAAACACACCACCUCUCAUUCCCGAUAUGCACUCCUUCUUCUUCGACCUCAAAACCCAACCUGCAAAAUCGCGACUCAACCAAAAUUUUGGGGGUUUGCAUCCUUGGAGCAUGGCAGUGGAUGAGUUUAUGGGGAUGAAGGUAGGGAUGGCGGUGGGGUCGACAUUGGGAAAGUUGUAGGGGAAGCAAAGGGAGCUUGAACUGCAGGGGAACCAGAAGAGGGAGCUUUGAGAGUCUGAGACUGAAACACAGGUUUCGGAUCUCAGUUCCUGGUACUGUAGCGUUGACUGCAAGAAUUUUGUCGGUGGCCGCAGGCAGCAUCUCACUCCAAUGAUACCGAUGAUGGCAGAGUUCAGUGAGAGAGGGGAAGUGGGGGACAGGCCGAGUAAUUAAGGGGUUUGGUUGGAAUGGAGGUGGGCGGCUUGGUCGACGGAUAGAAGAUGACCAGGGAUUUGAGAUUUGCUCUAGUUGAUUGGAGAUUUGGAUGGUAAAGGAGGAAGGUUUUUGCUGUGUCUUUCCAAUCUGGAUGGUAAAGGAGGAGUGAAUAUGACUAAGGAUCCAUGUAAGAAACAAUAAUGGAUUUUAAUUUGGUGGUUUGAAAUAAUAAUAAAUAUAUUAUAUAAUAAAAAUAUUUUUUUAAUUUCAUUGAGUUAUUGAUUUUUUAUUAUUUUUUGUUGUCUAUGUGGCAUCCACGUCGAAAAAGUAGGAUGAUUCACUUGAGGUUUAGAGCAUUGACUGUUAGUCAAAGUUGUUGACCGUCCAAAUUGACGGUGAAAAUGCGCAUACGGCUAAACUAGACUAUAUGGUGGAGAUUUAAGAUGAAGGAAGAGAGGUUGAGGAGGAAGAAGAAGAAGAAGAAGAAGAAGAAGAAAUUGGUGUCCAAGAUGAGGACGAGGUCGAGGUGGAUGAAGCAUCCACAAGUUACAAGUGCUAUGAAAGCUUUCCACCCGACCGCGAUGCACUUUAAGAGAAGGACCCAUUUGCGGCUGUUUUCCAAGCCAAGGCUAAACCAUCUGCGAUCCCUCUUGGUAGAUGCGAUGGACGUCAAUCGAUGAUGGACAACAUGGUGUGGGGCAAAGAGGGAAAAAAAAAAGAAGGGGUCUCGUGGGUGGAGCCUCAAAGCCGAUCAAGUUAACGAGCCCUCAAUCAUGGACUCAUCCAAAGCUCGUGACUUGAGACAUCACCUCACCGACGAGAACCUCAAUUUCAAGGAGGUUCUUGGACGUACCGAAGCUUGUGGAGCAACAGUCUAGCUUAGAAAGUAAAAGUAGCGCUUGUUAGGAGGCAACCCAAUGAAGGUUUAUGUUUAUUUUUACGUUAAGUAAUAUUAUUAUGGAAUAACCUCGCCUUGUGCGAGAAUAUAUUUGUUUGUUCUCAUGAGAAGCUCUCUCCUCUUCAUCUCCGGCCAAAUUUGGUCCUGACUUUCACUCGCCAAGUUAUGCGGUAACAUCAUUCUACCCCUUAUUUUACGCCAUUGAGGGCAAUGUCGAGCUUAAGUGUGGGGGUAGUCUUUCUAUUAUGCUUAUGCGUGUGAUUGAUGCUUGGAGCCUUGAUGUAUGCCCAAAUUUUUAAAAUUUGAAGGCUCCAAGCAUUGCAUGUUCAUUGUGGCCGGUAGAUGGAGGAUCUCUUGUUUAUUGGCAUUGAUCUUGGAUUGUCUACUUGUGAUCGAGUACAUCCUAUUAUGAUGAUUGAGAAUUGCAUUAAGUUGGUGCGAAUGUUUAGUUCUCAUGCGUGCGGAAAUGAAUGGAUGUCUUGACUUGAUUACUCUUCGAUUACAAUUGUCAUGCAUUGAAAUUUGAGAAAUAAGAAUAGAUGAUUGGGUGAUUAGGUAGCCAUGUGAGAUUUGUGCUGAUCGUCUUUUCUUGUGUGAUAGAUCCCUCAUGCCAUGGCGAGUAACAUUCACCAUUUUCGUUAGUGACUAGUGAGUAUGAUGGAGGCAUAUGAUUAGUCCACGUCCAAAAGUUGAUAAUCCCGAAAUAUUUUAUCCCCUAAUAAACCCCUUUGAGCCGUGUGACUUCGGGGUCGUUCUCAUGUUAGGAUCUUGUUUCAUUUUGCCACGUUAUUAAAUAAUAAUAUUUUUU